CAGGAGUUAAUAUGGAAGUUCACUUUACGAUAGUGUCGAAGUUUUCUGUUGUAGAAUGUUUCGGUAAUUGAAGUGGAAGUACUUGGACAGCGAAGUUGGUCAGAUAUUUCAAUUAAGUAGUGACAUGAUGAUGUUUUUCAUAAGUAGACGAUAAUGUGCUAUCAAUUAUAUCAAUAUGCAAGAAUUCAUCGACGUUAUUUCAUUCCUUUUCUUCAUAUUACCAUUUGUCUAGGUGUAUUAUUGCCUUUAUUAUUAUGUGAAUCCGAACUACAUCGAGUUGUUUUCAUAGAACAGGAUGUCAUUCAUUUUAUAUGCUUUUUUACCUUUCUCGGUAUUUCGCUUAUUACUUAUGGUUUGACAAGUUGCAUUGAUCCAGGCUAUCUGACUGCUGAAAAGGCUAGAUGGUUUCGACAUCGACGUGGUCAUAUCUCGUUAGCUAGUGAUUCUGGCGAUGAAAGACCUAUGUAUGUUAAUGAAUAUGAUACCGAUAUAAAUUAUAAGAAAUUGACACUAGAUCAGAAUCAUUCACAGUUAGAAUCAUGCUUUCAACGUCAACGUGAUCGCUCUGAAACUCAAUGUACAAUCGAAGAAAAUAACACUGUUCAAACAAAACCAAAUAAAUUCUCUAUGAAUUUGAAAAAGGAUUGGCCAAAUAAUUUAUGCUCUAAAAUGAAUGCAGAUUGUGAAGUUCUGGUUAAUUUAUCUAUUCCUGUAAGAUUCUGUAAUCAUUGUCUUCUAGAGCAACCAUUGCGUUGUCGUCAUUGUCCAGAUUGUAAUCGCUGUGUAUUGAAGUUUGAUCAUCAUUGUCCAUGGGUUGGGAAUUGUAUUGGGGAACGAAAUCAUUCUGCGUUUGUUGUAUUUUUAUUCUGUCAAACUAUUUCAAUUUGGUGGUGUUUAUAUUAUUGUUGGUAUUCAUUGGUUGAAGCAUCAAAAUGGAAUAUUUGGUUCAAGAACAACAGUAUGUUCUUAUUUUUUAUAAUAAUGCUUAUUAUUUGUGGAGUACCGGUUACUGUAAUACUUGGAUUUCAUAUCUAUUUAGCUUUAGUCAAUAAAACAACAUGGGAAACAGUAGCGCAUGAUCGUAUUACUUAUUUACAAAGUUUAAAAUCUGAUGAAAAUCCUUUCAACCAACCCAGGUUUACAGAAGUCAACUGAGCUGUUUUUUUAUUUGUGCCGAUACUCUAUGACCCAUCAAUCCAACAGAUUUGUUGUUUACGAUAAGUAUUGAUGUAUUUAUUCAGCAAUCGGUUGAAUUUGAUAAUAAUUGUUAAUUUCAUACUUUGUCAACUACUCUAAUUGGUCGAUAUUUACUUCAUAUAAUGUUGAUUUAAAAUCAUCUCAAUAUAAAAUAUACAACUCUAGUGUUUAUUUUGAUGCUUAUCAAUAAUCAUUCUUAUAAAUAUAUAAAUUGUAAUGAUAAACUGGAAUAUAUUCAUUAUUAUUAUUUCUUCUAUUGAAUGUUUAUUCCUUCAGGGUUUCUUAUGGAAUUGUUAUGCUUUUUGUUGUUCUCGUCAUCCAUACGGUUGGGAUCGUAUUUAUGCUAAUUCUGCUGAACGAUGUACAGCAACUAAUACCAAUACGAAUACUGCUAGUUCAAUCAAUUUAAAUGAAUCCAAUAAUAAUAAUAAUAAUAAUAAUAAUAAUAAUAAUAAUAAUAAUAAUAAUAUGCUUGUAAAUGUCCCAACUAAUACAGUCAUGACUGUGUGAAUCGAAUUACUGAAAUUCUUGUUUAUAUUCAUGUACUUGUAUACUGGUGUUUGCAUAAUUAACUGCUGUGUUUAUUUUUUUAAAGAAAAUCUUUUGAACACAUACAAAUAUAUCUAUGUAUUAUUUAAGAAUCUCAACUAUACUAUUUUUUCUUUUACUUGUUAUACACUGUUUUCUCAUCCAAUAAAUAUAUCACUUAUAGUUUUUAUAUAGUUAGUGACUGUUGUCUACAGUACUAAUUUUCUCCUCUCACCGGUGUGUUUAUAUAAUUCUACAUUAUUCACUUUGACCUAUAAAUUUGCUUUUUGUUUUGUUAUAAAAUUUUUCUUCGUUUUUUUUCUUUUAUUCUGUUUAUCGGAAAAUUUUUCUGUUUUAAUUUAAAAUGCUUUUUAAAUAAAACAUUAACAUUGAAUUGAUAUCAGUCAGUGUUGUGUUCCUAUGUUUGUUUCUAUGUAUAACUGUUUCUCUUGUUAACUGUUUAAUGUUUGCACACAAGAAAUAAUAUAUAUCUUUUG